AUGACAAAGCCACCUCAAGAUUGCGACUCUGCUGGAUCUGCGGAUCUCAGUAAGGAGGAAAAGAAAAAACUCUACGAUGUGGAAGAUUUGGAUGAAGACCAUUAUAAACGAAUAUACGAACGUAUGGGUAGAAAGACCAAUGCGAAAAGUAAUGACAUGGAUUCUGCAGAUGUCCAGUUUGUUCUUGAUAAAAUCAAGUGUAUGGAAAUAGAGGAGUCAAUUCAAAUUUUAAAGGAUACACAACUUGAACAUACUGAUGAUUUGAACUUCCCUGAGGCCUCCCGGAAGUUAAUUGCUGAUCUCUUGGAAGGUCCUCAAAAUUUCCCUGAGGGAGAGUACGAGUUUGAAGUUAAAGCUGAAGCAGCCAUUAUAAAAUACUUCUCACCAUAUGCCGAGGUUCGUGCUGUUACCAGCCCUAAUGAUGACAUCAACACACCAUGCGAAACUAUUAGGGCAUACAUCCUUGGUUUGAUCUGGGCAGUCAUCGGUCAAUUCAUUAACUCCUUCUUCAACUCCCGUUAUCCUAAUAUCACCAUUACUUCUCCUGUUUGUCAAACUUUGCUUUAUCCUUGUGGUAAAGCGUGGGAAACAAUUAUCCCUAACUGGGGUUUCAAUUUUCGCGGUCAUCGUAUUGAAUUGAAUCCUGGUCCUUGGAAUUAUAAGGAGCAGAUGUUUGCAACCAUUAUCUUCGAUGUUUCUCUUACAUCGGUCUACGUGUUCUGGAAUAUUCAAACACAGCAAGUCUUCUUUCACGAUAAUUGGUUGACUGCCGGAUAUUGCAUUCUAUUGAUAUUAUCCACUCAAUGUAUGGGUCUUGGCUUUGCGGGUAUUUUGAGAAGAUUCGUCGUUUUCCCAAUCGAAGCCAUUUGGCCUACACAGCUUCCAACUCUUGCUUUGAACAGAGCAUUGUUGGUUCCUGAUGCUAGAAGUAAAACGCAUGGUUGGAGUAUUUCUCGCUAUACAUUUUUCUUCAUUGUUUUCACCGCAAGCUUUUGCUAUUACUGGUUCCCAGGCUUCAUAUUCGAAGCCCUCAGUUAUUUCUCAUGGAUCACCUGGAUCAAGCCCGAUAACUUUAACUUGGCAACAGUUACUGGAGUUGAUUAUGGUCUUGCAUAUAAUCCAAUAACUUCGUUCGAUUGGAAUAUAGUUGGAUACUUCAAGCCAUUGGCAGUUCCAUUUUUUUUCGUAUUCUCAACAAUAUCUUGGCACGUUUAUCUCAGGCCUAAUUAUUUUGGCUCUUAUCUACCAAUUAAUUCCUCCGGUUUGUACGACAAUACCGGUGCAAGUUACAAUGUGUCAAUGGUUAUGACUGGCAGUAAGUUGGACGAAAAUAAAUAUAAAAACUACUCCCCUCCUUUCUAUACUGCCGCUAAUCUUGUCGUUUAUGGUGCAUUCUUUUUAACAUAUCCUUUGAUGUUCUUUUAUGUUAUUUUGGAUCAGUGGAGAAUUAUUAUCAAAGCCUGUGGUGAUAUCUGGAAACUUAUAAAAGAUGCAAUUAUGAAUAUUGUUAAUGAAACUAAGGCUGCUGGUUCAGCUCUAGUUCAUGGCGAUGUUAAAGGAUUCUUCCUUCAUUUAGCCGACAUUUUCUUGGAAAAGGGAUCCGUUUAUGAUGGAUUUGAUGACCCUUUCACUCGUGCAAUGAGGAGAUAUCCUGAGGUUCCAAACUGGUGGUUUUACAUCAUUGUUCUCAUUUCAUUUAUUUUCGCCAUUAUCAUCCUUAAAGUUUACCCUCUUGAAACUCCUGUUUGGACUAUCUUUUUUGUCCUUGGAAUCAAUCUCGUUUUCUUGGUUCCUAUGAAUUUAUUGAAUGCCAUUGCGGGUGUUAGUAUUGGACUAAAUGUUUUGGUUGAACUCAUCAUUGGUUAUGCUGCGCCGGGUGCCGAAUCUUUGAUGUUUGCUAAAGCAUACGGAUACAACAUCGAUGGUCAAGCCUCUACUUAUAUUUCCGAUCAGAAAAUGGCUCAUUAUGCCAGGAUUCCUCCUAGAGCGGUUUUCAGGGGUCAACUUUUGUCAACAAUUGUUACAUCUUUUGUUGGUUACGGAGUGGUUAACUUUGUGGACAAUAAUAUCAGUGGAAUUUGUGAUGAAGAUCAAUCAGAACACUUUACCUGUGACAACGGUUCGCGUAUUUAUUUCAGUGCAUCCGUUAUUUGGGGUCUCGUCGGUCCUAAGAGAAUAUUCUCUCAACAAUAUCCAGUUCUUAGAUGGCUCUUCCUUGUUGGAUUUAUCCUUGCAUUUGUUUGGUGGGGAUUAAAGCAUUAUGGUGGUGCUAUUAGAAGUAAGGCAAAGAAAUCGUUCUCGCAAGGUUUAUAUUCCAUUCUCGACUGGACUAUCUUCAAGCCAAUUUCCCUACUUAAGAAUAUUCAUCCCGCUUUGAUAUCCAUUGGAUUCCUCGAAUGGGCACCUCUUAACCUUGCUUAUCAGACAGGGGGAAUGUAUUUGUCAUUUGUUUUCAUGUAUUAUAUUAGAAGACAUAUGACUUCCUGGUGGGAAAAGUACAAUUAUGUGCUCUCUGCGGGUCUAGAUGCAGGUCUUGCGUUCUCGGCCAUUAUUGUCUUUUUUGCUGUUCAGUACCAUCCAGUUGAUAUUAGUUGGUGGGGAAACAAUGUUGUUUCCGAGGGAGUCGAUGGUUACGCUGGACAAACUGCAUUGAAGACUGAUUUGCCAGAAAGAGGCUAUUUUGGCCCUGAAACAUGGAGUUAA